AUGCAAAGAACCAAAAAUGAUACGAGAUUGGCCUAUAUUUUAGGUUGGUUGAUUCACUUAAGAUUUCUUAAUCGAAUUGUUGACAACAUAUUCAUUAAAUCUCACAUAUUAUCGUUGUACCUAUAUUAUAAUCAGGAAUAUGACAAAAGGGAGAGUAUUAGGGAAAUAUACCAGUGGUUUAGAAAAUAUUUCAAAACAUAUUAUUUGCCCAAUGAAUAUUGGAUUUACAAACUCCACGCCUUUGAAUCAAAAAAAAAUAACUUGUUUUCAAAAUCCGACUGGAUGAAUAUAUAUUAUUCUUUAUUUUCAAAUGAAAGUAAAGAACUCAUUCUAGACUCCAGUAAUACAGCAAGAGACGAAAUCGGAAGAGUUGAAACUAAUCUUUUUGAGAAAUUUCAAGAAAUAAACAAGUUAUUCAUCCCUUCGGUGAACCAACACAGUUUCUUUCUUGGUAAAAUUCUUAGAAGAAUCUUAAGCUCCAUUUUAUCUGGAAAAUGUAGUGCUGAGGCUAGCAAUAUUCUUUUUGCCACUUUGCUCCGAUCACUGGGAUAUUAUUGCCGUUUGACAUUAUUUAUUCCUCCCAUCAUUAACUUUAAAAAAAGUUGUGAACUGCAAAGCAACGAUAGAAGAGCUGAACUUUGGGUAGAGAUUUUUGAGCCGAGCUUUAAUAAAUGGAUUUCAGUCGAUAUUCACCGUGGGGGGUGGAACUUCACAGGAUGUAAUACUAAAAUUCCUUUUGUGGCUGUUUCAGAAGAUCGUAAUUUUUCAAAUGAAUACAAAAGCAAUAAAGGAUUGUUUUCAAAACUUUACCUAAAUGACUUCAAUGAUGACUCUGACGAUUCAAAUAAUGAGGGCUCUAAUUUUAAAAAGAUGAAACCUAUCCCAAUUAUUCCCUUAAAGAAGAAAUCUGAAGUCAAUCACAGAGCCAUUAAAUAUGAAAUCAGCAAUGUUGUUGAACAAGAAGAACAAAGAGAAUCUUUAGCAUUUGAAUUUUCAAAUAAAAAAAAAAUUGAGUCAUUAUCACUAUUUCAAUUACAGUGUAAGAUCGACAUGUCAAGAACAAAUAUCAAGUAUAAGAUUAAUGAUAACAUUGGAUGGUGGGUUAUUUCGGUUAAUGAACAUGGGUAUUUAAAAGAGACAACUAGUAGGUAUGUCUCAGAUUGGUCUCAAGUAUUUCAGGCACAGCUAAAAAACUCAUGUAAACAAAAAAUUGAUUUCCUAAUUUCAACAAUAAAUUCUACCUCAAGUAAAUACAGUUCCAGGUUAAUCCAACUAGAAUUAUUGGAUGAUUUUGAAUUGGAGAAAAUUAUCCAUGAAAAUGAUGUGAUUCCGAUAUCAAAAACAUCUUUUAAGAACCAUCCAAAAUAUGCCAUUAUUUCAUGUCUUAAUUCUUUGGAGAUUGUUCACCCUAAAGAGCCGAUUGUUGGCUACUUUCAGGGUGAACCAAUAUAUCUGAGAGAAAAUGUCCAAACAUUAAAGACUAGAACGCAGUGGGAUCAAGAACAACGUGAGAUUAAAAUUGAUCAACAGCCAAUAAAAAUUAUUUUCAAAAAGAAAAAUGGCAAUGAUAGCUUAAAGGGUAAAAUAAAAUUGGAAUACUUUGCAGAAUUUCAGACACAGAUUAAACCUCUAGUAGAGUUGAAUCACCUUGACAAAAUUCCUAGAGAUAAUUUUAAAUCGAUUGAUAUUUCUAUUAAAGGUAACAUCCCUGAUUCAUGUGUUCAUAUAAAGGAUUCAUGUGAAGGCCUUAAAAACAAUAAAUUUAUAUAUAUUUCUAGAUAUUUCUCUACAUGGAAGACUGAAAAUAUUAUUGACAUAAUUAAAAGAAGUAAUAUUGAUUAUGCAAGAGCGUUUGUUGGUUAUGACUAUAAAAAUGGAUCAAAACCUAAGUAUGAUGGAAUAAUUAUUAAAAAAAAGGAUGUUAUCUUGUUACAAUCACUGAAAAAACGGCAUGAAUUAAUUAAUAUAAAUAAAAUGGCAAAUUUUAUUUGGAAUGAUAUUCUCCAAAGUAUUAAAGAUGUUUUGAAUUGUCUUUCUCAAAACAGUUCAAGUAAUUCAUUUAAUAAAAACUGCGAUUCCAUUUUAGGUCCCAAAAAAGAUCAAAAAUUGAUUAAUUUCAAGUCAAACUUUAGCAAAAUAAGGAGUAUAUCCGAGAGAUUAUUGGAAGAAAGUUAUAAAGCGAUUGAUCGAAAAAAAGAGGAAACUAAUCGAUGCAUAGAAGACAAAUGA